UCUCCUCUUUUUUAGGAAAACAACAAAAUGCUGAAGUUCUUUAGUUGUAAGUACAGGAUAGUUUAAGGGAACACUGCUUCUCUGAGCACAUUUGUUACAGCACUGCAGCAGUGUUGUAGGCAGGGGGACGUGCCUCGAUAAAUCAACCAGCAGGGACAGAUUUAAUUUCAAGGAGAAAUAUUGCUGCUUGGGAGAGGAGAUACCGAAGCCUUUAGGGACCAGAGGAGGUACAGUACAGUGCGAAGGGAGAAAGAGUGAGAAAGAGUGCUAACAAGGGCAUCACAGCCAUGGAGGAAAACUACACCAGCCUGCAGGAGCUCACAGACCAACCCACACCUGGAGGGAACAGGCCUUUUAUUGAACAGAGUAACGACUCCCGGGGACUGAGGCGGGGCAUUGAGUGUUUGAGGGGUCAGACGGCUCUCCUGAUGGUUAUUGCCUUUUUGGCCUCCAUCUGCGCCAACAUCGUACUCACUGUCCUGUUGAUUGGCAGGUCGGUGCCAGGUGCACCCCAAGACUCCUCAACUCUGGGUUUGAAACUAACCUCAGUGCAGAGACGUUACAUCCAGCUGUGUGAGGACUACACCGCCCUGGGGCAGAACUGUUCAAAGACAGUUAAGUCAUGCAGGCAGUGUCCUGAAGGAUGGCUGCAUGUCGGAGAUCAGUGUUACUACUUCAGCAGUGACAAGCUGGACUGGCUGAAGAGCAGAGACAGCUGUGCAGAGAUGGGCAGUCACCUUACCAUACUGCACACCAUGGAACAGCAUGACGGUCUGGAAAAAGAAGUCAGGAAAAUUGGUGGAUUUGAUUACCACUUCUGGAUCGGCCUGUCUGAUAUAGAGAAAGAGGGAGACUGGAGAUGGGUGGACAACUCAACAUUGCAACACAAAUAUUGGGAUCAGUGGAGCUCAGAGCCAGAUAACCACCAGUCAGGAGGGGAACACGGAGAGGACUGUGCCACCUUAAACAGCCACUCAAAGACAUGGUUUGAUGUUCCUUGUGAUUACAUUUAUAAAAGGAUCUGUCAAAUGGAUGUCAUUCAGUUCAACUGAGUCUUCAUACAGCUGAAAAUACUGCAGAAGGUCUGGAAACUACACAAGGUUGUAGCAGAAAACCCUGAAUUUAAUGGAUAGAAAAGGAUGUGACAGAAAAUUUAACUUGUACAUCUUGUACACCAUUGUAUUGAGAUACCUUGUAUUAGAGGAAAUAACCAGGGAGUAAGUUGUAUUGAAUGAGUAUGUACGUUUAAGUAAAUCUAAAAAGAAAAAUAUUUCAUUAAAAGAGAAGAUUUUACACAAGGAUGUUUUUUUAACUGAGAUUUUAACAAUGAUGUCAGCUGACCAUUUUUGGUGUGUGUCCAUUUACAAUUAAUUAGCCUAUUAUUGGAUUUAGUUUUGAGAUCACAUGUUAGAUCAACCAGGGAAAACUAAAGGUGUUCACUUUGCAGCGUUUAAUGCCAUGAAUGUUGUCACUGUGUCCGAGAAGUUUGAUGCAUGAUUAUCACAAUUCAAAAAUUGAGCUGCAAAUUACUUAAUAAUAAUAACACUGUUGCUUCCGUGCACUAUAGUUCAGAUUUUUGAGACUAAAUGUAUGCCAAUAAAAUUGUCUUUUUUAUAUAUCUUA